AAAAAGCAAAGAUAAAUUUAGAAGGGGCUUCUGCCGAAAAAUUAAAACUCAUUCCGCAAAAUGGUUCAGUACCUGGUAUAGAAGAGGCUGAUGAAAAGACAAAAAAAUAUAGCAAAUAUGUUCAAUUAUCGGCUGUCGGAGACGGAAACUGUUUUUUAAACUCUUUUUCGGUUCUUCUAACUGGAGAAGCCAACGACACAUCUUUAGCCAUGCCUUUAAAAGUUAAACUUUGCUUAGAUUACAUAUUUAAUAAAGGAUUUUUACAGAGUGAAUUUGAUACUCGUUCUCUGAAGACCGUAAAAAAUGAUUUAAUCGGUUCAAACGGAUUUGCCAAACCAGAAUAUGGAGAAUUAUCAGGUCGUUUAGGAACUUGA